AUUAACGCUGGCACGAGCACUCAAGAGGUGUGAAAAGAGCGGUCAGCCUUCCGAAUUCCGACCAAGGCCGCUCAUCGGAAACGACCCUGCUUAACUUCGGACGGUUAAAAGCACGAUUUGGCAACUUGGUUCUCGCGGUCCCACCAGGCAAGGUCACGAUUUAGACUGGAAAGAAAGAGAUCAUUAGGGAAAAAUCGAGACCAGAAAAGUCUCGAAGGGUUCAGAUCUCGGUUUACUGCGAAUUCAGGGUUUCUCGAGGAGAAAGGGCCCCAGCUCACGGGGGCUCGGACGACGACCUCCGUGGCCACCCGAGGCUCUGACUUGAAUUGACAGCCAUUGCAGACUUUCUGCGCGCUCACGUCGGCCAAUUUUCUCGUUCGGACACCUCACCUGAAUUCAGCUUUUCGUAGGUCGCUCUCGGUGGUUCAGUGAAGCUGCAGUCGAGCGCCAACCGGCAUUCGGACGGACGGCCUCCGUGGUUGAGUGUCCGCAAAAGUCGGGACACCGUGUUUACAAACUGAACGAGCACCAGCCAGAAACUCAGCAGUCCGUGGUUCGCCAGCCAACUUUUUCGCUCAGCAAGUCAGCAGUUCGUCGUCGUUCGACCCUCCCACUUCUAGAUGGCAGUCGGUCACGUGUGGCGCGCCGACAGCGCCUCCACCGGCAGCCACACGUAAACCCCAAAACCCAAAACAAAUGAGAGGAACGAGAAACCAAACAUGCGAGCUUUGAGAGCUUCAAGUUCAUGCUCUGCAAAUUUUUAUUAUUGAAAUGUUACAUAAUGUGGAGUUACGGCAGGGUUGCUGAUUAAUUUUAACCAUAAGACCAUUUUAUUGAAGUCCAAGGUGAAAAAUGGAGCAGGACGACCCAAGAUUCCGAAUCACCCCCCUGCAGCAAAUGGCAGCGUCAACUAGUGGCGCAUUGAUAACUUCGUGUAUUGUCACUCCUCUGGACGUUGUAAAAACUCGUCUUCAAGCGCAACAAAAGGCCCUGUUGUCGAACAAGUGUUAUCUUUAUUGUAAUGGGCUAAUGGACCACCUUUGCCCUUGUAAUGGAAACGGACAAGGCCCCUCUUCUGUUGCUGCCAUGCUCAAGAAACCUACCCAUUUCAACGGAACCCUAGACGCUUUUGUGAAGAUUUCUAGAUUUGAAGGUCCGUCGACCCUCUGGAGUGGUCUCGGCCCUACCUUGAUCUUGGCACUUCCAGCAACGGUGAUUUACUUUGUGACCUACGAGCAGAUAAGAAAUAGGCUGCGCGCCUACGUUGCCAAACCGGGCGACGGUUUGGCACAGCAGCCACUUUGGGUAGCGCCUGUCUCUGGCGGGAUGGCCCGAGUCUGGGCAGCCAGCAUUGUGAGUCCGCUGGAAAUGUUGAGAACAAGGAUGCAGGCGCAGAAGAUGAGCUACUUAGAAGGAGGUAGGGCUCUUGGCAAUUUGAUGCAGCAGCAAGGAGUCACUGGGUUGUGGAAAGGUCUUGGCGCCACCCUUCUCCGCGAUGUCCCAUUUUCAGCACUCUAUUGGCUGAAUUACGAAACCCUGAAGUCAAAAUUUAACCAACCAGUGCCGACGUUUCAGUUCAGUCUCCUCGCUGGAGCACUUUCCGGCUCGGUUGCAGCUAUAAUCACUUUGCCAUUUGACGUGGUUAAAACGCACCAACAGAUUGAGCUAGGUGAAAAGCAGAUUUAUUCCAAUCCCCCGAAGACAGUGAACGGCCGAAAUUCAACAAUGAAAGUGAUCAAAAAGAUUUACAGCCAGAGUGGUGUUUCUGGGCUAUUUACGGGAUUGGUUCCAAGGCUAGUGAAGGUGGCGCCGGCAUGUGCCAUUAUGAUUGCUACUUUUGAGUAUGGCAAGAAGUGGUUUUACGAGCAAAACAUGGCUAUGUUUGAAAUGCAGAAGAGCAAAGCUAAUUUGCUUAUUGUGAAGACGGGCAACAAUCGUAAUCAUGUGCAGUGAUACAAGCAGUAAGCACUAUAUUUUAUAUGUUUAUGCAAAUCCAGGCGCUUCCAUCCAAAUUAAUUUGCUGCACUCACAUGCUUUUCGCCUGGUUAUGUCAGCAAAUUGUUAGACUAAAUGUGAUUUUUCUUUCCAAGACCUUGCUUAAAUAUUUUGUAAGUAGCUUUACUUAAGAUUGUUUUGAAAAUAAAUUAGACAGAUAGAACGA